AUGCACGGCCAGGACCCCACGAGAGCGGCAGUCAAGGCAGUGGAGGAUGCUCUUGAGAAGACCAGCCUCCCUGCUGUCCUGGAGUUUGUGCCUGGAGGCUUUGAGGGAGUGCGCAUCAAGACCAAGAUUGCCGUCCCAAAUCCUCAGAAGGGCGUCGAUGUGGACAUCGUGAAGAAAGUGUUCCCCUACGGCAAGAUUGAUGACCCCAAGAUUGUGAAGGGAGGCCUGCGCUGGCACAGCGGAAUCAUCAUUCCAGAGCUGGGUGACCCACCUCCAGAGAUGGAGUUCAAUGCAGAGACCAGCGACGAUGAAGAUGCUCCAGUCACAUGCAACGACGAGAGCCUGGCAGCUGUGGCUGCUGUGCGGGUUGGAUACUAG